AUGGCGGCCGCUGGGUCUCUUUGCUGUGGAGCCUUCGUGCGCCUUGCUGGUGCUAGUCGCCGACUGGGCUCCGUCGCCGCCACCAGGACGCUCCGCCCUCGCUCGGAGCCUUCCAUUCGGCUGCGCAGCCGAAGGCCGCCGCCGCCGCCUGCGAGGAAGCUGCAGGUCAGAGCCGCGAGAAUGGAGCCCGGGCGCGUCGGUCUCGGCUUUAGGGCUCCUCAUUUCGAGGCAAUCUUCUCCCCUUUCUUUACCCUCGAUUCUCUCCGCCUAAGCAGAGUCCCUGCGUAGUAGACUCUGAGUUUUUGCAUCGCGUGGGGCAGCUUGAAGAGCCUCUUACGGGGAAAACAUGGAGUCUGGAUGACUUCGAGGCUUAUCCUGCUCUCCUGGUAGUCGCCUGCUCCCUUCAUCCCUCUUUGGAUCCCCUCUUGUUCCAUCUUUGGGAUCGACCAUCAAUCUUAGCGUCUUCUAUUUGGGUCGUUCUUCCAUACCAAUCGGACGAUGAAGGUGAUGUUUAUCUGCAAUCACUGCCCGUUCGUCGUACACCUGAAGAAAGACAUCGUGAAGCUCGCGAAUUUCUACAUGAAAGUAAGUUUGGAGUCCCUUUUGCCGUCCGGUCCUUCGCUUCAGAGUUGAUUUCUAUGAACCCCUAGAAGUUUUGAUUGUUGGCUGAUCCUCUGUAGCUUGUGCUUCCUGAUUUUGGAUGCAGAGAGGACUAGCCGUCGUUGCGAUCUCGUCUAACUCCACCGUCACUCAUCCUCAGGUCAUCUCCGGCUCUACCCUCCAUAGCUUUCACCAUCUGCAACCGCGCUCUCCUCUUUCUUUUGCAUAGAUACUAAUCAUAGAACACAUCCGGAGGAUACUCUGUAUUUUUUUCUCUUCACGAUAAGCAUCCAUAGCUCCUGCUUGGUUUCUUGUUUCACAUCUCAUCUUGCUCAGGUAGAGAGAUAUUGCUUUGAUUCCCUGCGACGGUAGUUCUUUCUCGUUCAUCUUCUUCAGACACCGACGUUGUUGACGAUGAUUACUAACUUAAAGUCAACCGCACAGGAUGGACCGGAGUUCAUGGCGGAAGAAGCGAAGUCAUUCAAUUAUCCUUUCCCGUACUUGUAUGACCAGGUAGAUCCCUGCGCUCUUCAUCAUCUUUUCCACCCAUCAUCCGGAGUCGAUUUCUUCUAGUAAGGAGGCAAUUGCUACUCCUAUUCUUCAUUUCACGGCAUGGUUCAGGCCCAGAUCGCGUCAAGUUGCCCUCUUUUUGAGGAAAAUCGUGCCAUUUUUUAGGAUUUACACCCUUUUUUUGAUCUUCGAGCAUAACCCAAUCAUCCCACGAGUUCGAUCUUAAAACCCAGCCUACGUUUGGAUGCAGUCCCAAGCUGCUGCGCGGGCCUUUGGGGCCGUCUGCACGCCGGAGUUCUUCCUCUUCAAGAAGGUCUUCUUUAUCCUCAAUCACCCCUCAGAAGUCGUCCAACAAUCUCCUAAAAUGGUGGGGAACCUAAAUUCGCGCUGACCCAUUUCAUGCUCCUCCUUCAUAUUUCUUUUUCGCAGGAUGGGCGGAGGCCCUUCGAGCUGUUCUACCAUGGCCAGUUCGACGACUCACGGCCGCGCAGCGGCGUCCCGGUGACAGGAAGGUACAGUCCAUCUGCCUGCCUCCGCCAUGCUCAGAAUGCACAGACCUUCCAUUGAUGGAUGUAUAUCCGCCUCAGGGACCUGAGCGCCGCCGUCGACGCAGUCCUCAGCGGCCAGCCGCCGCCUUCCAGGCAGAAACCCAGGUAGCUCUCGUUCUGAAAAGCCUUGCUUCUGACGUCCUUUCUCACAGGUCAUCGCAGUUCUAACGCCGUUUCUUCCUCGUCCAGUAUGGGCUGCAGCAUCAAAUGGCAUCCUGAGGGGACCCUCUGA